UUGGCGCUCGGGGCCGGAGCUGACAAAGACGGGACCCUGCUGUUGGAGGGCGGCGGCCGCGACGAGGGGCUGCGGAGGACCCCGCAGGGCAUCGGGCUCCUGGCCAAGACCCCCCUCAGCCGCCCAGUCAAGAGGAACAACGCCAAGUACCGGCGCGUCCAAACUUUGAUCUACGACGCCCUCGAGAGACCGCGGGGCUGGGCGCUGCUCUACCACGCGCUCGUGUUCCUGAUUGUCCUGGGGUGCUUGAUUCUGGCCGUCCUGACCACCUUCAGGGAGUACGAGACUGUUUCAGGAGACUGGCUUCUGCUGCUGGAAACAUUUGCUAUUUUCAUCUUCGGAGCCGAGUUUGCUUUGAGGAUCUGGGCUGCCGGAUGUUGCUGCCGAUACAAAGGCUGGCGGGGACGACUGAAGUUUGCCAGAAAGCCCUUGUGCAUGUUGGACAUCUUCGUGCUGAUUGCCUCCGUGCCCGUGGUUGCCGUGGGAAACCAGGGCAAUGUCCUGGCCACGUCCCUGCGCAGCCUGCGCUUCCUGCAGAUCCUGCGGAUGCUACGCAUGGACCGGAGGGGUGGCACCUGGAAGCUCCUGGGCUCGGCCAUCUGCGCCCACAGCAAAGAGCUCAUCACCGCCUGGUACAUCGGGUUCCUGACGCUCAUCCUUUCUUCAUUUCUUGUCUACCUGGUUGAGAAAGAUGUGCCGGAGGUGGAUGCCCAAGGAGAAGAGAUGAAAGAGGAAUUUGAGACCUAUGCAGACGCCCUUUGGUGGGGUCUGAUCACGCUGGCCACCAUCGGCUACGGAGACAAGACCCCCAAAACGUGGGAAGGCCGUCUGAUUGCAGCCACCUUCUCCUUAAUUGGCGUCUCUUUUUUCGCCCUCCCGGCGGGCAUCCUGGGGUCCGGGCUGGCGCUCAAGGUGCAGGAGCAGCACCGUCAGAAGCACUUUGAGAAAAGGAGGAAGCCCGCAGCUGAACUCAUCCAGGCCGCCUGGAGGUACUACGCUACCAACCCCAACAGGAUCGAUCUUGUGGCCACGUGGAGGUUCUACGAAUCAGUCGUCUCUUUUCCGUUCUUCAGGAAAGAACAGCUGGAGGCCGGAGCCAGCCAAAAGCUGGGUCUCUUGGAUCGGGUUCGCCUUUCUAAUCCUCGUGGUAGCAAUACUAAAGGAAAGCUAUUUACCCCUCUGAAUGUAGAUGCCAUAGAAGAAAGUCCUUCUAAAGAACCAAAGCCUGUUGGCUCAAACAAUAAAGAGCGUUUCCGCACCGCCUUCCGCAUGAAAGCCUAUGCUUUCUGGCAGAGCUCUGAAGAUGCCGGGACGGGUGACCCCAUAGCAGAAGACAGGGGCUACGGGAAUGAUUUCCUCAUCGAAGACAUGAUCCCCACCCUGAAGGCCGCCAUCCGAGCCGUCAGAAUUCUACAAUUCCGUCUCUAUAAAAAGAAAUUCAAGGAGACUUUGAGGCCUUACGAUGUGAAGGAUGUGAUUGAGCAGUAUUCCGCAGGACAUCUUGACAUGCUUUCCAGGAUCAAGUACCUUCAGUCGAGUGCAGGGGAGACAUUUGAAGAACAAAAACAUCCAUCAAACAAGGACACCCAGGUCAACCAACACGAGAUCCAACAGGCUGGGAAGAAGUUCUGUGACACUGACAUGGCCGAGGUCAACACCCUGACCAGGCCUCAUGGAGAAAAAAGGCGUCUGCCCUACUGGCCCCUGAACCACAGAGGCCUGAGCACGAGGAUAGUUCCAGGGGCCACGGCCCACCUCGCUGACAUGACCUGGCAAAGCAAAACUAGCUAUGACGCUCUUACAAAUUAUGGGCUCUUUCCUAGGAACGAACCAUACGUAGCCAGACCAUCCACGUCCGAAACCGAAGACCAAAGCAUGAUGGGGAAGUUUGUGAAAGUCGAAAGGCAGGUCCAUGACAUGGGGAAGAAACUGGACUUCCUCGUGGACAUGCACAUGCAGCACAUGGAGCGGCUGCAGGUGCACGUCACCGAGUUCUACCCGGCCAAGGGGCCCUCCUCGCCCGGCGACGUGGAGAAGAGAGAGGACAACAGGGACUCUGACGUGAAAGCCAUCAUCUGUGACUAUUCCGAGACAGGCCCCCCCGAGCUCCCCUGCAGCUUCCACCAGGUGCCCCUCGACAAAGUUGGCCCCUAUGGGUUUUUCGCUCACGACCCAGGGAACCUGCCCCGCGGGGGACCCAGUUCCGGGAAGGGUCACGCCACCCUUUCCUCCUCGGCAGCGACGCACGUGGAAAGGCCCACGGUCCUGCCUAUCCUGGCUCUUGUCGACUCUCGAGGGAGCUACCACUCCCAGGCUGAACUGCACGGCCCCUGCCCAGAGCGGGUGUCCCCCGGGCAGAGACGCAGCAUCACCCGGGACAGUGACACACCCCUGUCCCUGAUGUCGGUCAACCAUGAGGAGCUGGAACGGUCUCCAAGUGGCUUCAGCAUCUCCCAAGACAGAGAUGAUUAUGUGUUUGGCCCGACUGGGGGGUCGAGCUGGAUGAGGGAGAAACGGUACCUCGCCGAGGGUGAGACAGACACGGACACCGACCCCUUCACGCCCAGCGGUUCCAUGCCUCUGUCGUCCACAGGGGACGGCAUCUCUGACUCCAUAUGGACCCCUUCCAACAAACCCACUUAAAAGGGGUCAUGGGCUGACUCCUCCUUGUAAUGUAGACGGACUUUGUACAGCUUACUUGCUCUCACACCCGCCACGUACCGGUGAGACCACCGAUGGCUGCAUCAAAUGCAUGCAUGUGCGUGGUGGCCCCACCUGGGCUGGGGCUUGUCACCGCCCUUUUCCUCCCCAGGUCACCACAACGAAGCUGCUUCCUUUCAAGCAUGGUUUGCAUGACUUUACACUAUAUAAAUGGUACCGCUAAUCUCUUCUAGGUUACACAUUGAUCUGCUGUUCUUUGAAUCGUGACUGGACCAGGACAGGGAGAAAUCACUGAUGAGCUGUGCUGUGUCUGUGUGGCUGGCUGGUUGGGGUUUUGGUUUGGUAAGCAGAGACAGUAGUUUAAGUUAUUUCUCGGAUCACUGCCCCUUGCUGUAAAACACUCUGACAGUUAACUGUUGUCUAAAGCAAGCAAAUAAUUCUCUCAACAACAACAAAAAAUGCAUUGCAUAUCAAUGAGGUUGCCUGCAGAGCUAACGCGAGAGAGGAACGAGGUCGUCAUCACAUCUCCGAAACCAAGAAUUUAAAACAUUAUUUUAUUAAGGAAAAACUGGGAAAACUUUCCAGAAGCUCUCAAAGGGACCUCACUUGGUCUGUCAUUGUCAACUAGCAUGCCUCAGUUUCCUCGUCUAUAAAAGGUGGUGGCAAUCCCAAGUGUUGCGUUUCAGAUGAGUUGUGAACAGGCAGGAAGGAAACACACACACACAUGCACACACAUUAAAAUGGUUCCCAAUUUAUGUAGCCAAAGAUAACAAAAUUUAUCAGAAGUGGGGUGCCCCUCUGGGCAGGAGCUAAGUUCAGUGCCUUCAAAAUGAUGUUCCAACUCACAUUCCUCCCCGUGACACUUGUACAAAAUCUCAAAUAGGAACGAGAGUCAAGAGGGCACACAGAAAUUAUCUGGUCCAAGUCCUUCCUUGUAAAAAUGAGACACCUGAGGCUCCAGUCAAGAGAUAUGCCUGAGGUCACUCUGUUGUCCCCUGGAGAGCUGGGACUCAAAGCCCACGCAGCUGACUCGCUCCAGGCCCUGGUCUCCUCCCACCGCACCGGCUCUGCGGUUUCCAUGACAGGACCCAGAAGUUGGGCCAAGCUGCCUGUGCUCUGUGGUGUAUGGGAAGCACUCACGACACAAUUUAGCCAGCGGAGAGGGCUGUCGGCUUUGAUGGCAAAACACGCUUGCCUGAUGCUUUGCAGUUUGGAUUCAG